CUGGACUGGACAGAGCCAUGCGAACAACGCUUUUAUGAAUCGUCUCAUCUUCAUGUCCUAUUACUCCUACCACUGAGAGAGGGCCACUCUUUCCCCUCGAGUUCUUCACCGGCUUCUUUCCCCUCCUCUCCGGACCAGGGAAGCAGCUAACUGUCUGCGCAAGAAAGGUGGUUCAAGCACGAUGGGACGGAACCAUCUUUGCCUGGUCACUUGCUUGUGGAUUCUGUCAUGCGCAGUUCUGCUUCAUGCUUCUCCUGAUGGAUUGCUGAGAAUUAGCCUGAAUAAGAAGAGAUUGGACAAGAAGACCUUGGACGGUGCAAAAUUGGCAAGGGAGGAAAGCCAUCGUCUGAGAGCCGACGGUUUAGGUGAUGACAUAGUUCCUUUGGACAACUACCUGGACACGCAGUACUUUGGAGAGAUCGGCAUCGGCACUCCACCACAGAACUUCACUGUGAUAUUCGACACUGGAAGCUCCAACUUGUGGGUUCCAUCAGUGAAAUGUUAUUUUUCGAUAGCAUGCUACUUACACCACAGGUACAAGUCAAAAGGGUCGAGCAGUUACAAAAAGAAUGGAGAAUCUUGCAGCAUUUCCUAUGGGUCUGGAUCAAUUGCUGGUUUCUUCAGUGAGGAUAGCGUGCUAGUUGGGGAUCUUGCUGUGAAAAAUCAGAUGUUCAUUGAGACAACCAGGGAACCGAGCCUUACUUUCAUCAUCGGGAAGUUUGAUGGAAUUCUUGGACUUGGAUUUCCGGAGAUCUCUGUGGGAGGAGCCCCUCCAAUUUGGCAGGGAAUGAAAGAGCAGCAACUGAUCGAGAAGGAUGUAUUCUCCUUCUGGCUCAACCGCGAUCCUGAUGCACCGACAGGGGGUGAGUUAAUCUUUGGUGGUGUAGACCCAAAUCAUUACAAGGGGAGCCAUACAUAUGUUCCUGUUACCCGCAAAGGCUACUGGCAGUUUGAGAUGGGGGAUCUUCUUAUUGAUGACUACUCAACUGGGUUCUGUUCUGGUGGUUGCGCCGCUAUUGCGGAUUCAGGGACUUCAUUGCUCGGUGGCCCAACAACUAUUGUUGCUCAAAUUAAUCACGCAAUUGGAGCUGAGGGAAUUGUUAGUAUGGAAUGCAAACAAGUUGUGCGGGACUACGGGGACAUGAUCCUCGAGAUGCUCAUAGCACAGGCAAGCCCCAUGAAACUGUGCUCUCAGAUUGGUCUCUGUGCAUUUGAUGGUACUCGUUCUGUCAGAAACAAUAUAGAGUCUGUUGUUGAUAAAGAAAAGGUGGGCUCAGAUCUUUCCUGCACUGCUUGCGAGAUGGCUGUUGUCUGGAUACAGAAUCAGCUCCGACAUAACCAAACAAGGGAGCUCAUUUUGCAAUAUGCUGACCAGCUCUGCGAGCGUCUCCCAAGCCCCAAUGGCGAAUCGGCAGUCGACUGCGAUGAGAUCUCAAACAUGCCGAACCUUUCAUUCACCAUAGCAAACAAGACCUUCACCUUGACACCAGAGCAGUACGUAGUGAAGCUGGAGCAGCAAGGUCAAACUGUUUGCAUCAGCGGGUUCAUGGCGUUCGACGUGCCACCUCCACGCGGCCCACUCUGGAUUCUUGGAGACGUGUUCAUGGCUGCAUACCACACUGUCUUCGACUUUGGCAAAAACAGGAUUGGGUUCGCCGAGUCUGCUUGAAUUGCUUGGCUAGGGCCUUCAGGAUCAUACAACAUAUCAAGUAUUGUAAUGUUUGUUAGGCAGCUUGUUUACUCGGUAUUGUAACCUGGGAAUGUCUAAAGGUAUAGUGCAUUAGUAGUAGCAUGCAAAACCUUGUAGAGGAAUAAACGUUUUCACGAUGGAGCUGUAUCAGCUAUGGAUAUGCAGAUAUGGAUCUUGGAUGGUGCAAUGCAGAUGUAAUGAGCAAAUGAGCACGAUGAGAAUUAGGGCUUUUUAAUCUGAUCUCAUCAUAUAGGUAAUGGUUUGUCUGGCAUAUAAUGAUGGGCCUAAAACUUCUGGCGAGGUUAAUAAUGGCUGUACUGACUGUUUAUGCACCUUAACAUUCAGAGUUCAAAAUCUCUCAUUAACCAA